CUCCUCGGCUCCACGGCUCCCUCGGCCGCUGCCGUCUCCAACCCCCCCACCCCACUCCCCCGCCACGGCCCCUAGCCCCUGGCCGUUUGGCAAAACCCCCCCCUGCCGCGGGGCUCCCCGAAAUCCAGUUCCCCUCCCCCAUCCCAGCUCAUGCCCCAGCCCCCGAACCUCGGGGCUACCAGCCCCCGGUGCCCCCGCCCCUCCUGAGAAUCGGGGUGUGCUCCCCAAGCCCCCUCCCCUCCACUGGGGAGCCCCUUUUAGGGCACCCUUCCUCUCCCUCCCACGCUCCCCUACCCUUCCCUUCUCCAACCCCCUCCUUCCCCUCUCACCCCUCCCCCCAUCCUGGCCCCCCCUGCAAAAGUGGGGUGCGGAGGGGGGAGGGGUGAGAACCCACCAAGGGGAGGAACGAAACUCCAAUGAAGUCAGAGCCCCUUACCCGCCGCCGCGGCCAGGCCCCCCAACAUGGACUGUCUCUGUAUAGUGACAACCAAGAAAUACCGCUACCAAGAUGAAGACACGCCCCCUCUGGAGCACAGCCCGGCCCACCUCCCCAACCAGGCCAAUUCUCCCCCAGUGAUUGUCAACACAGAUACCCUAGAAGCCCCAGGAUAUGUGAACGGAACCGAGGGGGAGAUGGAAUACGAGGAGAUCACAUUGGAAAGGGGUAACUCAGGUCUGGGCUUCAGCAUCGCAGGUGGCACUGACAACCCACACAUCGGUGACGAUCCAUCCAUUUUCAUCACCAAGAUUAUUCCUGGAGGGGCUGCAGCCCAGGAUGGUCGCCUCAGGGUCAACGAUAGCAUCCUGUUUGUAAAUGAAGUGGAUGUGCGGGAGGUGACCCACUCAGCAGCGGUGGAGGCUCUCAAAGAGGCAGGCUCAAUCGUGCGCCUCUACGUCAUGCGCCGGAAGCCCCCAGCUGAGAAGGUCAUGGAGAUCAAGCUCAUCAAGGGGCCUAAAGGUCUUGGUUUCAGCAUCGCAGGGGGCGUAGGGAACCAGCACAUCCCUGGGGAUAAUAGCAUCUAUGUAACCAAGAUCAUCGAAGGCGGUGCUGCCCACAAGGAUGGGAGGUUGCAGAUUGGAGACAAGAUCUUGGCGGUCAACAGUGUGGGGCUGGAAGACGUCAUGCAUGAGGAUGCCGUGGCAGCCCUGAAGAAUACGUAUGAUGUUGUCUACCUAAAGGUGGCCAAGCCCAGCAAUGCCUACCUGAGUGACAGCUAUGCUCCCCCAGACAUCACAACCUCUUAUUCCCAGCACCUGGACAAUGAGAUCAGUCAUAGCAGCUACCUGGGCACUGACUACCCCACAGCCAUGACCCCCACUUCCCCUCGGCGCUACUCUCCAGUGGCCAAGGACCUGCUUGGGGAGGAAGACAUUCCCCGAGAACCGAGGCGAAUCGUGAUCCAYCGGGGCUCCACGGGCCUGGGCUUCAACAUUGUGGGUGGUGAGGACGGCGAAGGCAUCUUCAUCUCCUUCAUCUUGGCCGGGGGCCCUGCGGACCUCAGCGGGGAGCUGCGGAAGGGGGACCAGAUCCUGUCGGUUAAUGGUGUUGACCUCCGAAAUGCCAGCCAUGAGCAGGCUGCCAUUGCCCUCAAGAAUGCGGGUCAGACGGUCACAAUCAUUGCUCAAUAUAAACCAGAAGAGUACAGCCGAUUCGAGGCCAAGAUCCACGACCUUCGGGAACAGCUCAUGAACAGCAGCCUGGGCUCAGGGACUGCCUCCCUUCGGAGCAACCCCAAAAGGGGUUUCUAUAUCAGGGCCUUGUUUGAUUACGACAAGACCAAGGACUGCGGCUUCCUGAGCCAGGCCCUGAGCUUCCGCUUUGGGGAUGUGCUGCAUGUAAUUGAUGCUAGCGAUGAGGAGUGGUGGCAGGCACGGCGAGUCCACUCUGACAGUGAGACGGAUGACAUUGGCUUCAUCCCCAGCAAACGACGGGUUGAGCGACGGGAGUGGUCAAGGUUAAAGGCCAAGGACUGGGGCUCCAGCUCUGGAUCACAGGGUCGAGAAGACUCGGUUCUGAGCUACGAGACAGUGACGCAGAUGGAAGUUCACUACGCUCGCCCCAUCAUCAUCCUUGGGCCCACCAAGGACCGUGCCAAUGACGAUCUUCUCUCCGAGUUCCCCGACAAGUUUGGAUCCUGUGUUCCCCAUACUACACGGCCCAAGCGGGAGUAUGAGAUAGAUGGCCGGGAUUACCACUUUGUAUCGUCCCGGGAGAAAAUGGAGAAGGACAUUCAGGCGCACAAGUUCAUUGAGGCUGGCCAGUACAACAGCCAUCUCUACGGGACCAGCGUCCAGUCCGUGCGAGAGGUGGCAGAGCAGGGGAAGCACUGCAUCCUCGAUGUCUCAGCCAAUGCUGUGCGGCGGCUGCAGGCGGCCCACCUGCACCCUAUCGCCAUCUUCAUCCGCCCCCGCUCCCUGGAGAAUGUGCUAGAAAUUAACAAGCGGAUCACAGAGGAGCAAGCCCGCAAAGCCUUUGACAGAGCCACCAAGCUGGAGCAGGAGUUCACAGAGUGCUUCUCAGCCAUCGUGGAGGGUGACAGCUUUGAGGAGAUCUACCACAAGGUGAAGCGUGUCAUCGAGGACCUCUCAGGCCCCUACAUCUGGGUCCCAGCCCGAGAGAGACUCUGAUUCCUGCCCUGGCUUGGCCUGGACUCGCCCUGCCUCCAUCAUCCGGGCCCUUGGUCUGGACUGAAUUGCCCACGUCCUUCGCACCCCAGCCUCCCUCUGACCCCUUCUUAUUUAUUUCCUUUCUAACUGGAUCCAGCUCAUUGGAGGGGGGACACUCCUCUGCAUGUAUCCCUACACCCCAGAACUGGGCUCCAGAAUCCUAGGAACCUGGGGUCUGGGCGGGGAGCCGGGCUCCUGGUUCCAAGCCCUUGCUCCUCAGGAUCCCUACCCUUACCUGCCCCCAAUGCACACACAGACCCACUGGGGGCUGCCCGCCCUCCCCCAUACAUUCCAGAAGUCAGGGCCCCUCUCAAGGAGCACCUGCUGUAGGGAUGCAGGGCCACAGGCCUCCGCGCUCUCUGGAGGCAGGGUCUGGGGUCACCCUUGCUCCAUCAUAACUCCCCAUGUCCCUUGAUUUCUCAAUUUUUUUUUUUCAUUUUUUUCUCCUAAAAGGUGGUUUUUGGGGGAGAAGUAGUGGGACUCUUCUGCAGGUCCCCUGCCUUCCACAUGCCCCCACCUUUUUUCUUUGCUGGUUUGCAUGAGUGGAAGGUCUAACUGUGGCUUUUUUUU